AUGCAGCGAAGACAGCAGCUCCAGGAUAUGGAUGAAGGUAAAAAACAGAAUUAUGUAAAUCAACUACCAUCGCAAAUGUUUGUGGUUGGUAAUAUGGACAUGACACAACAUGGUGGAUCAGCUACUUUUCAAGGUUUUUCUAAUGGAUUGGGUCUUUCGCAACCUCAUAAUAUGGCUGGUCGUUCUUUGGGAUUUUCACAACAGCAGUUUGGUGUACCUUUAUAUUCUCACCGUGGGGGGUCGUCUAAUGAUUCUGCCAAUCUACUGGUCAUGAACAAAAAUAGCCCAUUGGAAAUUCCCGCCGUGCAGCCAUCAGCCUUCAGUAACUCGGUUAUUAGUCAAAGAAGCAAUUUCCCUUCAGACCAGCUAUGCAUCCCAGACGAAGCGCUGCUACCCAAUCAAGUGUUUGAGGAGAAGAAUUUGUUUGGAGAAGGCCUUGUUCAAGGUUUCAAUGAGGGAAGUUUACGCGAGAACUACUCCCAGCAAGGGAAUUCCCAGCAGAGGGACACGUCAAUUCUUGAAUCUGAACAGAGGCAAAAACAAGCUGGGUUGCACGGACUUGCUCCAGGAAACGUGCCAAAACCAGGCAUUUUUCUGCAGCCUGGCACUUCUCUCGACCCGUUGGAACAGAGAAUCUUAUACAAUACGGAUGACAACGAGGAUGCUGGAGGCUUUGCAAGUACCCUGGAACUCACAUCUUAUAUGGAUGAAUUGCCUUCUACACAAAGUGGUAGCUGGAGUGCUCUUAUGCAGUCGGCUGUGGCAGAAACUUCGAGUGGUGAUACUGGGGUACAAGAAGGGUGGAGUGGAUUGAGCAUUCAGAACCCAGAACCUUCUACCGAAAAUAAGGCCUCAAAUUACAUUGGCAGUGGGAAACAGCAAAAUAAUUGGGUUGACUUGCCGAGUUCAAAAUCCGAGGCUUUUUUUCAUAAUUCCAAUAUGAACGACAGCUUUCCUGGUUUUCAGCAAUCGGGUGACCAAUUUCUCAAACAGAGAGAGGAAUCACACUCCGAGUCUUCCCAUUCUUCCAUUCAGCAGUCCCCUAGGAAUGCUAACAAGUGGUCAGAUUAUAGCUCUCAACAUAAGCAUUCUGUAGAAGGAAGUCAAAUGAUUCAAACAUCUUCACCUGUGCCCAACUUUUGGCUAGGUCAACGUCAUGAGCAUUUAAAAAAUGAUACAGAUCAGUCUAGCUUUAUGUCAUGUGCCAAUGUGAACGGACCUUUCAGCAGCCUCUCAGGGCAUGAAUCGAGAGAGAAGCCUUAUGGGAGUACACUGCAGCAUGUGACUGGUGGCAGUCAAAAGCCAUUUUAUCAGGUACACCAUCCGAAAAAUCAAUUGUACUCAACAGAAUCAGCAAAGAUGGCUCCUGAAAACAAUUUUGAGCCCACGUCAUCUCUCUUUGGUUCUCUCUCUCAUCCGCACAUCCAAAGUGUGACUGCUCAGACAAGUGAAAGUAUGCUCGAUCUACUUAACAAGGAUGACAUGUCCAUGGAACAUGCACAUGGGAACUUGAACUCGAACAACUCAACUCAAAAGGAAGCCCCCCUAACUGAAACUUCUGCAUCUUUUGGUAAAUCACGCAACAUUUCUUCUGUACCACAAGGAUUUGGCUUAAGAUUGGGACUUGCAGAUCAGCAGACUCCACAGUCAUACUCUUUCUUUCAAACUUCGUCGGGGAACUCAAGUGCAUCAUCGCCUAAAAGUCAUUCGCAUCUUCAAAAUCGUCGUCCUUCAGGUCCACCCAUGACAAGUCAUUGGGCAAGAUCUGUUCCCGUCACUCAGACGUCAUUGACAUCAGUUGCGUCUCAGCAUGUGGGACUUCCCAUGGGGCAAUCCAAUGUGUGGCCAGAUUUGCUCCGAUCCUCUGAUUUAGCUUUGAGCAGUCUACCAGAUACUGCAGGGCCUUCACAUGAGCAGCACAAACAAGAAAACAGUGUACAAGAAUAUGGGGCCUAUUCAGGAAAAUCAAAUUGUAAUGAACUGCGAUCAGGGAAAGAAGGAUCCCACCAAUAUGGCUCAGCUGGGGAAGAUUCCUCAAUUUCACGGAGUAGAUUUACUCAUGAGCACGAGUCUAUGGGAAAGCAUCACUUGGAAGCAGAUGUUAAACCUGGUUCAAUGAUUCGGCACUCAAAUAUGGCACAUCAGAGAGGCAAUCAAACGCCUUUAGUUCCAGCUACAGAUGCUGGAGCCUUUGGCAAUACUUUGAUACCGUUGUAUAAUCUAAAUCAAAAUCACUCCUUUCUGCAACCAAUGCAAAUGCCUCUAAACCCUGUGGAAGGUGAUUCUAGUAAAAGGUUGCCAAUUAAAUGUGAUGGUGUUGAUUUUGGUAUUGACUACCAGCAGCCUGGACAGAAAUCAGGAGUCAACGAUAUGGAGAAAAAUGAUGCAUUUUCGUCAGGGAACAAUAAAACGCCAUGGAACUUUUGUCUAGAAUCCCAAGGUGAUCAGUUGGGCAAAAUUUCAUCACAGGCUUACCUUCGUGAUUCCCAACAGAUGGCAAUGUUUGGUCAAAAUGAUACUCAGAGUCCGGCCAUCGGUAGUAAUGAAGAUUCUAACGUGACAUGUCCAUCCCAGAUUAGUUUGCAAAUGGCUCCAUCCUGGUUUAAACAUUAUGGGACCUUCAAAAACGAGCAGAUGCGGCCACUGUUUGAUGCCAAUGCUGAAAUUAUUGCAGUAAAUCAAAUUUCUGAAAGGACUCUUCCUAACUUGCAAACAAAUAACUCAAUUAUGCCGGUGAAUUUGGUUAGUCAAGGAAGCAGCAUAUGGCCAGUUACAGUAGCAAGUAAACAAAUAUCUCCCACUAAUGUGUUACCUUCAGAUGUCACUUAUCAAAACUUGGCAGUUUCAAGACCUAGGAAGCGUAAGAUCAUUGCAUUUGAACUUGUACCAUGGCACAAAGUAACUCAAAAUUCGGGGAGGCUUCAAAAUAUCAGCACAGCUGAGUUAGAAUGGGCACAAGCUACAAAUAAAAUCUUUGAAGAGGUAAAAACGGAGGCCAUAGUUUUUGAAGAUACCCACCCAGUUGUUCGAGCAAAGAGAAGGCUUAUCUUUACAACACAUCUUAUACAGCAGGUCUUUCGGCCUGCACCGACUGUCAUUCUCUCUGCAGAUGCAAGUUCAAACUACGAUUUCGUGGCAUACUUUGCUGCAAGAUUGACAUUGGGAGAUGCCUGCAGCCUGGCUGCCAAUUCUCAAUUUCCAUCUGACAGUAGUGACAAGUCACCUGAGAAGCUGAAAACUUCUAAGAGGACUGGUGCUUAUGAUUUCUCAAAAGUUGCAGAAGGCUUCAUUAGUCAAAUGAAGAUUCUCAAGGGCAACAUGUUAAGAUUGGACAAGAGUUUAUCGAUUACGGACACGAGGGCAGAAGCCCAGGAGUUGGAGAAGUUCUCGAUCAUCAACCGUUUGGCGAAGUUUCACGGCAGGGCUCAUCAAGGUGUUGAUACAGCAUCAUCUUCUGGCACAUCAUCAAUGCAGAAACACCUCCAGAGAUACGUUAUAGCAGUUCCAAUGCCUGAGACAGUACCAGAGGGAACAGAUUGUCUUUCGUUAUGA